AUGUCCUUGAAUCGCUGCAGCAGGCAGGCGUCGAGGCUGCUGCUGUCCGGUAGCUCCGCCAGAGCUAGAGCUACCACCGCUCGCUGCAGAUGUCAGACUGACUACCAUCCCUCUAGAAUCGCCCUGCAGAGACGUAAUGUAUCUGACAGCCAUGAUGGCCAACAGAAGCUGCUCUCCACCCACCUCGAGGAAGCCGACCCCGCGGUGUACAAUAUCCUGCAAAAGAGUGAACAGGAGAAAAAACGCCAAAAGCAUUAUAUCAACUUGAUUCCGUCGGAGAACUUUACGUCUCAGGCCGUGCUGGAUGCGUUAGGUAGUGUCAUGCAAAACAAAUACUCCGAGGGAUAUCCCGGAGCACGAUAUUACGGAGGCAACCAAUUCAUCGACGAGGCCGAAUCGCUAUGCCAGCAGCGUGCCUUGGAAACCUUCCGACUCAACCCGGAAGAGUGGGGUGUCAAUGUGCAACCGCUGUCCGGUUCCCCCGCCAACCUGUAUGCCUACUCUGCGCUUCUUAACACUCACGACCGUCUGAUGGGACUCGAUCUGCCCCAUGGAGGACACCUGUCACAUGGAUACCAGACCCCGACGAAGAAGAUCUCCUUCGUCUCCAAGUACUUCGAAACGGUGCCAUAUCGUCUCGAUGAGACGACUGGUCUUAUCGACUACGACGGCCUGGAGGAACUCGCCCUCUUGUACCGUCCCAAGUUGAUCGUGGCCGGCACGUCCGCCUACAGCAGAUUGAUCGACUAUGCACGAAUGCGCCGAAUUGCAGACAGUGUGGGGGCCUAUCUGCUGAGUGAUAUGGCCCACAUUUCUGGUCUUGUCGCCGCCGACGUGAUUCCCUCGCCCUUCCCGCACUCGGAUGUUGUGACGACGACCACUCACAAGUCAUUGCGCGGGCCGCGUGGCGCGAUGAUCUUCUACCGCAAGGGCGUCCGCCGUACGGAUAAGAAGGGGAACCAGGAAAUGUACGAUCUGGAAGGCCCGAUCAACGCGUCGGUUUUCCCCGGUCACCAAGGCGGGCCGCACAACCACACUAUCACGGCGCUGGCGGUUGCCCUUCGCCAGGCCCAGACGGAAGAGUUCCGGACCUACCAGGAGACGGUGCUCGCCAAUGCCAAGGCGCUGGCCGAAAAACUGGGCAAUCCCGUCAACAAUGGCGGGCUGGGAUACAACAUCGUGUCCGGGGGGACCGACAACCACUUGGUUCUGGUCGACCUGAAGAAUCGCGGCGUCGAUGGCGCCCGGGUCGAGCGGGUGCUGGAGCUGUGUGGAGUGGCAGCCAACAAGAACACGGUGCCGGGUGACAAGUCGGCCUUGAAGCCGGGUGGACUGCGUCUGGGAACACCGGCGAUGACGACCCGAGGCUUCCAGCCGGAGGAUUUCCACCGGGUGGCCGGGAUCGUGGACCGGGCAGUGAUCAUUACGCAGAAGCUGGACAAGGCGGCGAAGGAGAGCGCGGAGGCGAAGGGGGUCAAGAACCCGGGCAGCCUGAAGGCGUUCUUUGAGUAUGUGGGCGAUGGGGAGGAGAUUUCGGACAUUGUGCUGCUGAGACAGGAGGUGGAGGACUGGGUGGGGACGUUUGAUUUGCCAUGGAAGGACGAGUGA